AUGGCUUGCAAGGUUGUGGUGCAAGCCCUAUACUUUCAAUCUUUCACAAGCGACCUGCUGCCAUAUCUCUGCCCCAGGCUCCUGGGCGUCGACCGGCAGGCCUCGUACGAGGAGGUGCAGGAGGCGAGGAACUACCUUUUUGAGAUCCACAAGCAUCACGCGCCAUCCAGGGAGUCCAUAGAGCUCGCCCUGGACUCCAUCCUCACCGAGAGGAUGAAGUGGCGGCACAAGCACGGCUUCCAGCCGCCGCAGCGGGGCCGCAAGACCGACGCCCUCGGCGAAGAGCGCGUCUCGCUCUGGCAAAGGGUGCGCUCAGCGGUGGAGCCCUCCGUCCCCGUGAGCACCCUAGUGAACGACGGCACCGUUUUCCUCGUCCUGGCGGUGUGGGCGGGCUGGCAGAGCCUCGCGGCGGAGCCGACGCUGCCCCUCUGCGGUGCCCUGGCCUACGCUGUGUGGAAGCUGUAUGACAAGCGCACGCGGCGCGACCCCGACGGCCCCUUCUUCGGCGGCAACGCCAUCUGGGGGGCGCUGGCGGCGGGCAUGGCGGGGCUGGUCCUGGGCGGGUUUGCCGUGUUUGGCGCCGUGCGUUUCAUGCCCAUCCCCGCCUCCGUGGGCACCGGCGCGCCCUUUGCCUUCCUCCUGGUGCUCCUGCUGGGCGUCAUCGCACUGUACAUUCGAUGA